UGGCAGACCGAUAGGUUGAGUGGCAGGCACAACGAAGAGCCAGCCAUAGGCCGCCGCGCCGCAAGCGAGCUUCUAUCAGAGAAGGAAUCGCUUCGAACAGCUGAUCGGGCCUGGCAUCGGAGAUCAGGGUCGCGCCGUUUUUCAGACAGGAAGGCCGCGUGUCCAUGCUUUCUUUUUUCAUCGCGGUCACAGACAAAGCUAAGCAGAGGCAGCUGGCCAAGUAACCAGACGAGGUAUCAACAAACCGAUAGUCGAUACAAAUAGACAGACGCAGCGGUUAACAGAGGGUGAGUGACAUCGUUUGGUGUUGUGCGAUUUGGUGUCUCAUUGCGUUGUGUUUGAUCCGUAGGUUCUCGUCAUAGUGAAUGGACUAUGCUCUCUAAAAGUAAAACGGCUCGAUCACGUGCGUUACAUUGACGGUGAACACAGUUUCGUCCUUUUGUGCAAUCGAUAAUCGAUAAUACCUUACGCACAGAAGGGGGGCAGCAGCAUCGGUAUCAGCCUUUCGUGCUGUUGUAGACUUAAGCCAAAGCAAAAAGAUUUGUGCAAGACUGUGUCGUCAACUAACGUCCCUACAGUUUGUCAUUUCGCUUCGAGGAUAAGGACCACUGCACGUAGUGAAAAGCCAGCUAAUGCUAGCAUGGCGUGAUCCAUCGUAACUGGUCCAAGCCGGUGGUCCACUGCGAUCUGUUGGCUGUUUCUUAGCUUCCCAUUUUAGAAUUGCCAUCGUUUGAAGGCAUCGCCCAUUACGGGCUUAGGUUCAGCUGUAAAAUUAAAAGCUACAACAACAGCCGUAAGCUAACUAUUACCCAGCAACUGAGCGUUCCGUUAUAGAGUGACAGAUGGCGAGUAACCAAUGAUGAAUUCUCCAACAAACCGACUAACGGCCAAUAAUAGAGUUACGGUAUCCGUAACAGCGUGAGGCCGUUCGUUGCAACUUUGAAGAGACGAGGGUAAGCAAUGACUUGAGUCGUCGCAAGCCUUCGGCGUAAAGCCAUCCACCCAAAGUUUCGGGCACUAGUCUUUGAUUCAUACCAUUCUUAUUAGUACCGUCGACAAAAAACCAGUACUGAAUAGAUAGCUAACAGCUCGUGUCAGAAGACGAGUGCAGCUACGCCGACGUCGGUAACUGAGCAGCGGCACAGACUCAGAACAAACUGAGUAGAAAUUUUAUUUCUCUGCUACUUCUAUUACCCUUACUAUUACUGUCGUCGUUGUGAGUGGCGAAAGAAGACACUUUGUAAUAAACAGUAGGGUAAAAAGAUAACGACGAGGACGCCAAGACAACAAUCUGCUCAAGGCCGGGGCAUCCGGCCCACGCCGAUAGAUAUUUGUAUUAUCGCUCCGGUCAACUGGCAGCGCGUGCGAAAAGCCGUGUCGGUGGCGGCGGCUCCCGCCCACCGAUUCUGGCCCUUGAACCUGGCCUCCACAGGACGACAGGUUGGCCUGUUCGACCUGUCCAUGAGGCACAACGAGCAGCAAUCUCGUUGCUCUCUUCAUUGCUGUUGUCGCUCCAAAAGUCGUCUUUUUCUGCAGUGCGGCGACUCCGAUCCAGCCACCGCGAGCACGGCUACCCCAGCCGCUGCUGCAGUGGCCAGGGGAGCCAAGGAAGCACCCUGGCACCUGCAAAGGUUGCGAGCGCCAUUAGAUUGGUCAGCAAUUACAAAAUCAAUAAGGCGUUUUGUUUUGUCACGGCGGUCAGUGUGCACCGAACUGGACGCCGUCGAGUGGUAUAAGCAGCUUCCCCGCGACCGAUAGAAAGGGUUCCAGUGAAUUUUUGUCUGCAUUCAGCGACAGUGCAACAACACGGCGGUGUUUGCGCCCAGUAGAGUAACGAGUAGUUAUUUUUCUUGUUCGUCAUCAUCAUCGUAUCUAAAACCUAUACGGCAAUUGUUGUUAGCAACAGCGGUAUUAUUGUUGUUGUUAUCAUCAUUUCAGCAAAUGUUACAGUAAACGCGAAAUCACCGAUGCUCAGGCAAACAGAGCCCAUUGGCAUUAAUUACUCUUGUUGCUGUUUUGACUGUUUCGAUAUACAAAUACCGAAUGUCCUUAUCGACAAAUAGGGCAUGUAUCGCUCUUGGACCGUAGCCAAGUGCAAGUGUGGCGUGGGCAGUACCAUAUGACAGUGGCAGCCCUCAUAGUGUCAUCGUAGAUAACAACGUCAAUCGGACACAAGUACGCCACGAGACAGCGUUCGUCACAACAUAAAAGCUAGCUCGUAGGCAGGUCGAAAAAAACUAGAAAAGUGAGAAACAUUCCAAAGGCGAAUAGAAACGCAGGCCGCGACGAUCAUUCCAGCGCUUCGUAAUAACACAGUCAGAAACGUCGAAAUGUGCGAGAGUCCCUCGAAGCCGCUGAAGGCAGCAACGGCACCUGCUGUCAGUGGCGUUCAAGCCCCCACAGAGCCCCCGUCUACCCCAACGACCGAUGUAUCAAGUCGCCGAAUAUCCAACGGGAGGGUCGGGCUAGUUAAUAGUGCACCACCAUCAAAGAGCGACGAUGUGGCACAUUUGACCGCAGCGCCACCUGACGGAGGAUGGGGUUGGGUGGUCGUGUUCUGCUCGUUUAUGGUGCACGUUCUGGCCGACGGAGUCACCUACUCAUUUGGUAUCUUCCACCUUGAAUUUCUUGAGCAUUUUAAAGAAUCUAAUGGACGGACAGCAUGGGUCGCGUCCAUUCUCGUGUCUACCACGUUCCUCUGCGGACCGCUAGCUUCUGCACUAACGAAUCUGUAUGGGUGUCGAGCAGUCACAAUCACCGGCGCAGUGCUAGCUGCCGUAGGCCUGUUCGUAUCAGCCUGGGCGCCAAAUGUCACUUGUUUAUAUUUUUCAAUUGGAGUGGUCACUGGACUGGGUCUUGGUUUUAUGUACCUCCCAGCAAUCGUCUCGGUAGCGAUGUAUUUCGAAAGGCGGCGAGCUUUUGCUACCGGAAUCGCGGUAUGUGGCUCAGGAUGUGGGACCUUCGUUUUAGCACCAGUUAUCGAGUUUCUUGUGAACUAUUACGGAUGGCGAGGGGCGUUGAUCAUCACAGCGGGGAUGCUACUGCAAUGUGCUGUCUUUGGGGCACUCAUGCGUCCCCCAUCGUACGAUCAACAGCUUAUGGUAGGAGGUAAAUCAAUUGCCGAAAGAGCAACAGACCCGAUGUUGGGUGACGUCGACAACAACACGGCGCUCUACCCCAACGAAAAUUUCACCUCGUCCCAACACCAAAUACCUUGUAAGGACGUUAAGGAGCCGGUUCCAGACAUUCGUGAGAUUUUAGAGUUAGAAGCGUCCGACAGGCUCCUUAAGCCGGAUGAUGCUUUCGGCACGUUGCAACUGCUUGACUCCAAGGAUAAGCUUCACCACAAAUCGGUAUGCCACCUUUCUGUUAACUCGGAGCAAGAGCUUGUCUUAAUCCGAACGCCAUCAGUCGAUCGUCAACUCUAUCUUGAACGAGAGAACAUCUCGUGUAUGCAGGCGAACAAUUACGCUUCACUGAAAAAACGUCUUAGCCACACGAGCCAACCGUCGCUAUCGGUCCAUUCGGUUCAAACGCGCAAUCAGCGGAGCCCUCACAAACAAUUCGCAUCGUUUAUCAAGACAAUCGCUGACUCCAUUGACCUCGCGUUGCUACUUCGUUCUCCAGUCUUUAUACUCUUUGCACUUUCCAAUUUUUUUACCUCGAUAGGCUUCAACGUACCCUAUGUCUAUAUUAAGGAUGUGGCGCGUCGCAAACUGGCGGUCGAAGACUCAAAGGCACCUCUUCUACUCAGCAUGAUCGGUCUUAGCAAUACAGCAUCUAGAAUACUUCUCGGGUACUUAUCGGACAAAAAGUUUGUAAACCGGAUUUUCUUAUACAACGCGUGUAUCGGAACAUGCGGCAUUGUUACAGCGUUAUCGGUGUUUUGCACAAAUUACGUGCAGUUGUCUCUUUAUUGCCUUACGUUUGGCGCAACGUCGGGUGCGUUUAUUUCGUUGACAUCGGUAAUUCUUGUCGAUCUAUUGGGACUCAAGAAGCUCAACAAUGCUUUCGGCUUAAUGUUGCUAUUCGAAGGAGUAGCAUGCCUCAUUGGGCCUCCACUAACCGGGUCCUUCUACGACUGGGCUGGUUCAUAUGAUUGGGGUUUCGUAUUUUCGGGUGUAGUGAUCGCACUUGGCGGUGUAAUGUUAUGCCUUAUACCCUGCGUACGAACCAGUCGAUCAGCGUUGCCCACUGAAAAAGAAUCAUCGAUGGUUGCAUAAACGAAGUGAGUUGAAUCAAGCUAGCUAGAAACAAAAUGAAUCCGGCAGAUUAACAUAUCCAUAUAUUUAUGCCGUCUCAUUCGCGUCCCGUCUAAAUAUAUCAACUAUGCUGACUCCGUUGUUGCGGCCUGCUGCGGCAAUUUCCCAAAACGAUCUCAACAGAGAUCCAUUUCGCAGAAGUGAAACAGUUACUUCUUAUUGCUGCCAUGCUAUGAAUCCAUGGUUUAAUUAUCCGAACUUAUCAAGUUACCGAAUCUGCCUGACUGCCGGUACAGACAUGGCCUAGCAGAGAGAUGCUAGAUGCCACCUGGCUUCUGGUAGAAGCUGAUGAUAACGAAUGAAUUGGACAGAAAUGUGCACUAGAUAGCGCCACAGUGUAUAAAUAUAAUAAUAGUUUGAUGUAAGCAAAAAAAAAAAAAUGGUAGGUAGCGAUGAUGAGUUUACAUCGUACAAGUACCGUGUGAUAAAUCCCGUAUGAUAUCGGUCUGCGCCCAUUCGGUACUAUAUCUGCUCUCGUGAUAACUGUAAUUGUCUUUAUAUAUAAUGGCUAUAAGUUAUUAUGGUUAACACUCAUAUCUAUAUUAGUUACGGACGAUACCUUAUCGCCCCUAAUCAGUCAACCUACCCAUUUGCUACUAAAUUACAUAUGUUCGACGCUUCGCUACCUAGUGAUGGAUUUCUAUUCGUCGCCUGGUUAUUUUUAACCGCCUGUACAUCGAAGCACAGACGCAUUCAGCCAAAAACCGUUUAUUUACAUAUAAAAAAAAUGAUCAAUCGAUUCACUACCCAAAAAAACGUUUCGUGGGGAGCGAGCUAUAGCCCACACAACUAGCCGCAACGUGAUCCUGUACACUUAUUUAAGCGAUAGCAGACAGAGCUGGGCACGUCAAGCCAUAUUUGAAUUGUUAGUUAGUUUAUUAAGCUCAUCUUCGAUACGAGGAAUACUAUGAGCAAAGAAAAGAUAGAAUUAGUAACUCAAGUGCCAACAAAACGGCAACACAAAAGGCAAAGCCUAAAACAAAACGACCUUGUAGAAAGUAUUUCAACAGGCUUUGAACAUUGUGGAGAUGAGAAUAGAUCACAACUGAAUCACCUCCAGCAGAGAAGUAUAACAAAGUACGUCAUGUUUUGUAUGUUGUAUGCGACUGGAUGGAGCAGUGCUAUCGAUAGGAGGCCGAUGGUAGAACGUUAAAAAAAAAUCCUGUGUUACAGGUAACAGACAGUUGUUAUAAUACAUAGUGGACACCCAACAAAGUAUAGUCAUGACAACGGUAUCAGAACAGGAAAGCUACAUGGAAGGCAUACAGGUAACCGCAAAAUUUUUGCGUGGCAAGCAGAACACAUGGCGCCAGCCAAUAAUCUUAGUAAAGGUUACAUACAAACGACAAAUUAGGUUUAGUAAUCGCCUGUUUCUUCGUAUUUAGAAAUGACUCAACAGUUAUUUUCCCAAGAUACCAGCGCAUAUAUACAUAUAUAUAAUUAAGAACUUGUAUUCAGAUGCGAAAGCGGAACGACUAAUUGAGAUGUUGGAUUGAGCGAUUACCAAAAACAGCGAGAUUGCCAAUGUUCUAGAUAAAAUCAAUGACAAAAAUAUAGAUACAUUAUUUCACAACACUUCUCGUUAUAUAUUAUCAUCAAUAGCGUAAGAAAAUUCCCUCUAGCGUGUAUGUACAUACAGAAC